UCAGAACCAUGGGAGGAGCUGCUGAGCUCGGCUCCUCCUCGGUCCGCAGCUCAGAGCUAAAAGCGGAGCGUCUGCAGCUCGCAGCCACAUUUCUCUUUGUGUUUCCACAGAAGAAGAAGUCAGAAUGAGCGGCAGAGGAAAGGGAGGCAAAGGACUCGGUAAAGGAGGCGCCAAGCGUCACCGCAAAGUCCUCCGCGAUAACAUCCAGGGAAUCACCAAGCCCGCCAUCCGCCGUCUGGCUCGCCGCGGGGGAGUCAAGCGCAUCUCCGGCCUCAUCUACGAGGAGACCCGCGGUGUGCUGAAGGUCUUCCUGGAGAACGUGAUCCGGGACGCCGUCACCUACACCGAGCACGCCAAGAGGAAGACGGUCACCGCCAUGGAUGUGGUGUACGCUCUGAAGAGGCAGGGCCGCACCCUGUACGGCUUCGGAGGCUAGACUGCUGCGCUGGAGAGAAACAACACAAAGGCCCUUUUCAGGGCCACGCACUGGCCCUUUAAGAAGCUCAAUUCCUGCUCAUCUCUUCAAAUCCUCAGAAACAAGCGUUUAAAACAAGUGUUGUUUUUUUUUUU